CAAGAGCUGCGCGCCGUGGCGCGGCCGCCCCUGCACCCCCCCGCGCGCGCGCGCGAUGUCGGCGCUGGGCGCUGGCCGCGAGGGCGCAGAGGAGCAGGCCUUCUUCCACUGCGGCGCGUGCGCGCGGGAGUGGGCGGGCGCGCCGCCCCGUGGGGGCGGGUGCCCCGUCUGCCGCCUCGAGCUGGUGGAGGGCCGCGCGCCCGCCUUCUUCUCGCAGACCGCCACCGGCGGCGCCACCGGCUCGCGCGCGCCCGCGCCGCCGCCGCACUCGCGAUCGCUGCAGUGGGCCGGCGCCGAGGCCGCCGGCGGGGCAGAGGGCGACGAGCGCGCUGCGCCUGCAGGCCGAAGAGGGGCCGAGCCCGGCGCCAAGCCGGACUGGGACGGCCUCUUGCAGCUGCUGCAGAUGCUGCAAGAGGGGAAGUUCCAGGACAUCGGCACGCCGUUGGCGGCGGCCGUGGAACGGCGGAGGCGGCGGCUGAUCUGGAAACGGCUGCCGCCGAAAAUCGUGUUGCUGCGGCACGGCGAGAGCGAGGGCCACGCCGACCGCAUCACGUACACGAGCAAAGGAGACAGCCUCCACGAGCUGACCCCGCGGGGGCUUUGCCAGGCCAUCGAGGCGGGCGCGCGCCUGCGGGAGCUUGUCGGCCAGGACCGCAUGUUCGUGUGCCUCUCGCCGUACGAGUGCUCCCAGCAGACCCUGCUGGGGCUCUACCGGGGCGGGUUCCCCGAGAGCCAGGUGGAGGUCGUGCACACGGACCCGCAGAUCCGCGAACGGGACUUGGGCAAUUUCCAAGAUCCUGGCCUCCUCUCGAAGGUCCACGAGGAGGAGCGCAAGGUGGGCCGCUACAGCUACCGCCCCGACAACGGCGAGAGCUGCGCGGACGUGCUGGACCGCGUCUCCUGCUUCUGGGACCGGCUCCUCUCCGAGGGCCCGAACGGGCUGCUCAUCGGGCGGCGCGACGAGUACGACACGUGCCUGGUGCUGACCCACGGCUUGCCCAUCCGGCUGCUGCUGAUGAGGAUAUUCGGUUGGUCCGUGGAGACGUUCGAGACCGUGUUUGACAUCGGCCAUUGUGACCACAUCUGUCUGGUCAAGAACAUGGACACGCUCUCCUAUAACAUCUGGGAGGAGAUGUCGCACCCUCCCAGAGGGCCCUGGGCUACAAGGGAGAUCUGGGUCGUGUGCAGGUCGCUGCAGGCGGACAAGGACACCGAGGACAAGACCGCAUUCCUCCACCGCCUCUCGGCGCAGGCCAAGGGCUACAACGCCGCGCCGCACGCGGAGACGGUGGUGCGGCGGGGCGCGGGUGGCGCCCGCGCGCUGCCGCGCCAGGGCGCAGGCCGCGGCAGGGCCCACGUGCGCUUCGAGGCGGGCGGCACCCCCAGCAGCACGGUGAGCAGCAGCCAGGGUCCGGCAUUCGGCGCGCAGGACAGCAUCUCGCCGUCCAACGACGGCCGGGGUUUCACCGAGCCCUUGCGGCCGCCGCGGCUGAUGAUGGACUCGGAUGACGAGAGGGCGGCGGAGAGCGGCAGCGACAGCGACAAGAAAAGCGAGAUGCGCAUGACCUCGAUGCCGUCGGCGGCGACGGGGCCGGUGGCGCCAAGGCUCGUGCCUCACCUGAGGAGCCGCCUCCACAUCGCCGGAAUCGACCAGGCGCUCGACGAGCUCGAGACGAAGCGGAUGCGUGAGCGGUCGAUCCCGUGCACCGUGGUCGACUAUCUGAGCAUCCAGCCCCCGCGCACCACGCGCAUACAGGAGCUCGACGCGCCUCCGUCGAAGAACAUCGCAGGACGCCUGGGACUGCGCGGUCCUCGAGGCGGGCGCCGGCGACGGCCCGGCGGGGCCCCUCCCCCGUCGGCGGCUCGCCCGCGUCGCCGAGGUGGGGUGACACCAUCAGCUACCAGGGGAAGAUGCUGCGCCAGCGGGGGAACAGCCUGCAGGGGCCGCCUGGAGAGGACGGCUGGAACAGGUCUGGCGGCGAGGCGUGGAGCAAGUCAGGCGGCCGCAUGGUCCGCUGGGGCAACGGCCAUGCGCGGCACGUCCCGUCCUCGGAGGGCUUCAAGUACUUCACGGACGACCCGAGCAGCAGGGCAGCCUCGCGACGUUCCAGCUCCGUCUGAUCGGGUUCUUCGCGCCUGCGAGCCUGCGACGUUCUGUUCCUUCGUGUUUGCUAGCCACAUCCCGCCGAUCAUCAUUACCAAGCAGUUGAACUUCAUUUGCAGGCUAGCGCCGACCUCGUGACCCACAGGAGGCUCCGGCUCGCUGGACGCGUGUGCGCGUUAGGCUGCUCGUGGCCAGACCGUGAAUGCGUGCCGCCAGGGGCGCCUCUGCCGCGGGAGCCCGCAGCGGGUGGCCACCUCGUCGCCGGAGCGCGUGAAGCUGCGGAAAAGAGUCAGCGCGUCUGGUCCGCUCAGGCCUGCAAGGUUGUGCUUGCGCUGCGUCGGGUUGCGCGAGGAGGCGACUCCUCGGAGAUCUUAGUGGGAACGCUGUUAGGGCCGCUGGGCCCGGUCAAG